AUGGGCUGUGGGACCAGUAGUAAAGUGGUCCCGGAGCUGCCGGGGUCUUCUUUUCACCGGAGCUGGGGAAAAGGAGUGGGGAAAGGAAGCUGUGGUGCACUGCAGACGGGGCAGGGGGAGGCUGGGCACAAGGGAACCCGCGAAGCUGCAGCAGAGGCGGCUCAGAAAAUGCAGGUGGCCAGAUACCGGGCCAAGUUCGACCCCCGGGUAACUGCCAGAUAUGAUAUCCAGGCUCUUAUUGGAAGAGGAAGUUUCAGCAAAGUUGUGAGAGUGGAGCAGAGAGUGACCAAGAAGCCUUUUGCAAUAAAAAUGGUGGAAACCAGAGUAAAGGAAGGCAGAGAAGCAUGUGAAUCCGAACUGAGUGUCCUCCGGCGAGUCAGUCACUGCAAUAUUGUCCAGCUCAUAGAGAUCUUUGAAGCGCAGGAUCGAGUUUACAUAGUGAUGGAAUUGGCUACAGGAGGAGAACUCUUUGAUCGAAUUAUUUCCCAGGGAACAUUCACAGAGAGGGAUGCCAUUAUAAUCCUCAAGAUGGUUAUUGAUGGAGUAAGGUAUCUGCACAGUUUGCAAAUAACUCACAGGGACCUGAAGCCCGAAAAUCUCUUAUAUUAUCACCCAGGGGCAGAGUCAAAGAUCUUAAUCACAGAUUUUGGGUUGGCAUGCUCUGGUAACAAAAAUGGUAACUGGUCCAUGAAUACAAUCUGUGGGACACCAGAGUAUAUAGCACCAGAGAUUCUGUCUAGAAAACCAUACACAAAUGCAGUGGAUAUGUGGGCCCUUGGAGUCAUAACAUACAUUUUACUGAGUGGCUCCCUGCCAUUUGAGGAUGAAAACCACACGAGACUUUAUAGGAAGAUCCUAAAAGGCAAAUACAGCUACAAGGGACAACCUUGGCCAAAUGUUUCCAACUUGGCAAAGGACUUUAUAGAUAGACUAUUGACAUUGGAUUCCAAUCAUCGCAUGUCAGCUGGGCAGGCUCUGAAUCACCCGUGGGUAAUGACCAUGGCCAUAACAUCUCCAAUGAAGAAUCUUCAAAGAUCCAUCUCCUGGAACUUGAUGUUCAGGACAUCACCCCAUUCUCAGUGUUCCAGAUCAGCAUGGACCUCUGAGUCUUGUCAUUCUAAUGGAUCAAAACAUACUUGGGGAAAGAAUAAGACUGCUACCCUUAGAUGA